GGGCUCAGGCUUGGUUUCCAGCCAAGCCAGGCAGCAGCUGAUCCCCCCCUCCUUGUCCCCACAGAGAGAGGGCGGCUUUGGGACCGGAGAUCAGGGCCCUGGGUGUGUCCUGUGCCAGCUGUGCUCCCCAGUGCAGGCGCAGGGCAUGCCUGCCCUGUGGCCCUGAGGACCGUGGCUGUUCCUUCUCUGGGUCUGAGUUUCUCCAUCUGUAAAUGCAGGAGUCUGGCUGGAGAGCUGAUCGCUGCCUCUCCGUGUGAUGAGCUCCGAGCUGGGACUGUAACUCCGUGACAGCAGGGGCCGUGUUCAACCUGUGCUCUGCGGAACCUCAGCCUGGGCGAUAAAUGAACGCCUGCUGAAUUAGUACAUGAACCUGCUUCUCUUUUGCUUUUCUUGCCUUUCACACGGCUCUGGACAGGCACGGAUAUCUUGGGCGUGUGCCCAUCUGGCUGUCACCUGUUCCUCCCUGGGCAGCUGGCAGUGCCCAGGACAAUAAACAGCUGGCAGGGUUACUGCUGAGGUUUGGAGCCGGGGUGGCCCCAGUGGACAUCACUCCUGUCUGCCAUUCCCUCUCGCCUAACGCCAGCAGACAGAGCCUACCCCAGACCCCAUCUCAGGCAUCUGCUGGGGGCGUCCCUGUGCCGGAAGUAGUGUUGGGAGAUGCACUGGACAACGAUCCUGUCCUUGGGAAAACUGAGAGGGAGUGGGAGGGAAAACAAAGCAAUGCUGCCUGCUGGUGUUUGCCUGGUUGCCGUGGGUACCGUACUGGCUACAGGGAGCAGAGGGAAGAGAGGAGAGCAAUGGGUUAGUGCAGUGUGGCGGGGGUGUGGGGGGAGCUCAGAGGAUUCCUGGGCAGGUGAUGUAAAAGGGAGGUGAUGGCAACCUUCCCCUGCCAAGCGCCUCUCGAGGCUCAGGUAUCUGAGAAGCCCCAAAUACGACCUGUAUGGCUGCCUGUUUCCCAGGGGCAGCCGCAGAGGCACUGAAGGUGCGCAGUUUCCCUGUGGUCACACGGCUGGCAGGUGGACGGCAGCUGCAGGGCAGCCUGGUGGGUGGGCAAGGGAGGGCUCUCAGGGAGCUGUGGACUCUGCAAAUGGGAGUGCCUGUGGCCUGCAGGCUGGUCCUGAAGGGUUUCUGGGCAGUGCGCUGCCAGGCAGGCUUCUCUGAGGAGAGGGAGCUUCUCGGGGGCCUGGGUCGAGUGCCCCAGGGGUGAAUGGGGGGUCCUGCUCUUCUGGAGGGGCCCUUCCCCCGUGGGAAGUCUGGAGACCCUUUGGGGUGUGGAUCAGCUGUCCUGGGUUCUGGGUGUCUUGGAGUCCAGUGACAGAAAGAGAGAGAGAGAGAGGAGAGAGAGGCACCUGAUUCAAGUGAUGAACUUGGACUUAGAAGCCGGGGGAUGGGCUUUUGUCUUGGUUCUCAUCUUUGACACUCAAGAGGCACAGAGAAGCGAGUUAGGGAAAGAAACUCAAUGCUCAUUUCAGCGUCAAGUCCCCAGUGAGCUGGGGACCUGGUAUCGUCACCUUGUUCCUGUUACCUGGGCCUCAGUUUCCCCAGGGGUGACAUGGGGGGCAGCAUACGAGAGCUCCACCACAGUUCUGCCCCCACAGGGGUCUCAGCUCUGGCACUCAGGCCGGGGACACCACCAGGCCGUCGUCAGUGGCACAGGCCUCACCGACGGAGAAGCGCCACCCAUCAGCCUGGUGCGGGGCGUCAGGGAGGCCCGGGAAAGUGAAAGGCCUUGCCUGGGUGGGGUUGGGGCUGACAGUGGCCGGAAGGGGCUGCUUCUGGGUCUGUGCUGCGUGUUUGACCUCACUGGGUCUCAGUUUGUUCAUCUGAGCAAAAGGUGUGACGAGAAGUGUAGAGUUGUUUUGAAGACCGAAUACAUGAUGCGUGCAGAGCAUCGGGCACAGUGUUCGAUAAAGGUUGGCAGUCCUUAUUAUCUUUCAACACGGAUAGGCUGUGAGUACGGGAAAACCAGACGCUGCUCCUCCUCCUCCACCCUCACGCUCAGGACAGAGCACCUCUGGAAGCGGAUGUGUGAGACUCCCCUUGGUGGGAGCACCUUUCCCGUCCCAGCUGCGUGUCUGACCCUGAGCCGAGUUGGUGGGGCCCGUGGAGUAAGGGUCCAGCCCCACGACACUCCGCUCCCUUCAGGGCUGAUGGCAGUGGGUCCCCAGGUCACCCACAGCCUCUGUCCACUGUGGCCACAAACCGCAGCUUCCCCUGCCCCCUCCUUGGGUUGGAGACUUUGACAGAGCGGUUUGUAGCAUCUCGGAAAACGGUAUCGUUGUUAUUAGCCAAGGAUUAGAAAGUGUGUUUUCAAGGAUGCGGUGAGCAGCCAGAAGACGAGAGACGCAGGACAAGGUCAAGGAGCUGCCAUCCCCGUGGAGGUGGGGCGCUGAGCGGGUCUCUAACUCCACAGCUCUGGGACUGUAUGGAAACUUUACUGGGUGGAGCUGAAAGUCUUUCUGGCUCAGGCCCAGAGACCACCAAGAACACAGGGUGCUUCUGUCACCCGCAAAGUCCCGGGGCUUAGAUCUGGGUUUGAGGUCCGGGGUCAAAGGCCAACCAUCAGAACAUAGGGUGUGCCCAGCUCCCGUACUGCUCGGGAAGUCACCAGAGUUUUAGUAGGCCCGAGACCCAGGAAGACUCCCAGUUAUAGCUCACGUGGAACCUUGGGAGAGCGGCCGUCUGGGCUCACGGCCCGGGCUGCCAGACACCUUUAGGAGGGGCAGAGGAGCGGGGCCAGGUGUCCACCUCAACUUCGCCGAGUCCUAGGCCAUGACUUGACCUCGCCCAACCUCAGUGGCCUUGUCCGAGAAAUGAGGCUCCUGAAGCCCCUCUCCCAGGGUCCCGGGGAGGAUGCCCACAUGGCAGGGGUGUGCAGGGGCCCACCUUGCCUUGAAACAGGACAGCGAGGGGACUGCUGCAGGAAGCUUGGGACCAGGAGCAGGAGGAGUGGGCAUGGGUCCCCCAUGGGUGCCGCCGGGGCUCGCUGAGUGUCUGGAGAAGCCUCCCAGUGUGAAGGCACCAGGAGGGCUGCUGGGGGGGAGGAGGCGCUGUGCCCUGAUUCUCGGGUGGGGGAGGGGCGUGUCACCGCCAUCCCAUGUGGCUUUGGGGAAUCCGCAGCAUUGUUCCUCUGAGAGGCGUUGGCCUGAACCCGCCCGGGGAGGACUGGGGCAUGGUCACCCCAGGCUGGGCAGGUUCCAUUAAUCACCCACUUGUCAGUUUUGAUCCUCCACCGAGGGUGCGGGAGCUCCUGCUUUGGGCUGAAUCAUGUCUUUUCAGAGCGAGCUGAGCCAUCGGGGCUUAGGGUAGGAGGGCUGGGCAGGGUCAGGGGUCAGCCGGAAUCCUGGCCUCACCGUGGGGUUUGGGCACCCGCAGCACGCCCUGGCUCUCGCUGGGUGCUGCUGCCCUCUGGGUGAAACACGGGUUGCUUCCCUACCCCAGAAAACAAAGAGCCCGAAAGCCCUGACUCAGGUCUCUCUCCUGGCCUUGCUGAAUCAGCGAAGGGGGCUCCAGGAUCACCUUGCACCUGUGUCUCCCUUCCCCUCCCCACCGGCCCGGUCUAGCCAGAGCUUCUUGAAGGCCAUGGUCAGAACACGCUCCCGAGGGGUCACCCGCAGACCUUGGCCCUGGGCUUCCACUGCAGCCCGGGCACUCCUCUCCCGGGCUCUGAUGGGUGCCUCUGGGACUUUUGCCCCAGUCCGAGGGGUGAGGUCUCCUCCGGGAAGAUCAACAGUCUCUGAGUCUCUGCAGCACAUCCCAGAGUCCUCUGAAGAGAGCCUGGCUCCGGACCCUGGGCCACAUCCUCCUCCAUGGCCUCUUUCCCAAUCACCCACAAGCGGAGACCCAUGCCUUGUGGAAGGGCUCUGCUCGGGCAUGCGUGUCCCAUGUUCUGCUCUCAGCUGUGUCCCUGGGGCAGUCAGUGCUAUGGAGUAGUUUCUUAAAAAAGAUUUAUUCAUGGCCAGCGCUGCGGCUCGCUUGGCUAAUCCUCCACCUGCGGUGCCGGCACCCAGGGUUCUAGUCCUGGUUGGGGUGCCAGAUUCUGUCCCAGCUGCUCCUCUUCCAGUCCAGCUCUCUGCUGUGGCCCGGCAAGGCAAUGGAGGAUGGCCCAGGUCCUUGGGCCCUGCACCUGCAUGGGAGACCAGGAGAAGCACCUGACUCUUGGCUUCGGAUCGGUGCACAGCACGCCGGCCAUGGCAGCCAUUUGGAGGGUGAACCAACGGAAAAGGAAGACCUUUCUCUCUGUCUCUCUCUCCUUUCUCUCUGUCUCUCUCUCACUGUCUAACUCUGCCUGUCAAAAAAAAGAUUUAUUCAUUUUAUUUGAAAGGUAGAAUGAUAGAGAGACAGAAAAGGAGACAGAGAGAGAGAGAGAGAGAGAGAGAGAGAGAGAAUCUUCUACAUGCUGCUUUACCCCCCAAAUGACAUAACAGCCAGUGCUGGGUCAGGCUGAAGCCAGGAGCCAGAAAUUCCAUUCUGGUCUCCCACAUAGGUGGCAGGGGCCCAAGUCCUUGGGGCAUCUUCUGCUGCUUUCUUGGGUACAUUAGCAGUGAGCUGGAUUAGAAGCAGAGCAGCCAGGACUGGUGCUCUAAGGUGCUGGUGUCACACGGAGCAGCUUAACCCACCGCACCGCCACGCUGGCCCUACUAUGAAGCAUUAAACCCACAGGCCUGGUGGAUUCAGGGCCUCUCCACUGGGCUCUGCUGGCCUCUCAGGCCUGACGAGUCUUCGUCGUGGGGCGGUCCUGUGUGUCGCGGGGUGUUCAGCCGCACCCCUGCUCGCUGCUCUGCAUCCCAGCAGCUUCCACAGCUGUGGCCACCAACCUGUCUCAGGGUGACAUCAGGGGCAUGGGGGUCACUGGGGGAAGGUGCCAGGAGAUGGACGGGUGCUGGGAAGUGCUGUGUGGUGGUCACCGGUAAAAAUGCAUUGAACUGGACACCUAGGAUCUGCACAUUUCACUGCAUGAAAACACACCUCAAAAACUGGUCUUUGGGUCAGACGGGACCAGGUUUGGGGUGCAGUCCUGGUUCCGUCCUGAAGGCUCUGUUUGCUUGCGUGUGAAACAGCGGCCACAGGAGGAGUCUGUGAGGCCCUGAACGCCAAGUGCUGGGCCCACGGCUGCCCGGGGCAAGGGCUCUCAGAACAUCAGCUACGAGGAUGCGUGGAGUCCCUUCCUCUUCCUCGCCUCUUCCUUCUCCCCAGCUGCGUUGGCUGGCUCCCUAAGCCCCCCGCCCCCCGAGGUCCCUUGUCACUGUGAUUCUUUCUGAUGGCAUUGGAGCCAUCUCAGACUAAACACUCCCAAGGCAGCCGAUUCUGCAGGACCAGUGGAGUUUGUCCUCAGAGUCGCUGCCGGGGCUGCAGUAGACAGAGGGCUGGAAGGGAGACAGAGCACCCUGUGCAGAAGCUUCGGGCUGGAAGGAAGGGAGGCGGGGGGCCGCGGAGCCUCACAAGGCACAGGGCACCGGCAGCCGCCUCUUCCUUCGAGGCUCGCCGGCAGCUGUUUGCAGCUCAGUCCCCGUUCUAAAACCGGGUGGGGCCGAGAGCCUGUGGAGUGAGCUCCUUAGAGGAGAGGUGAACUAGGAUUCACUCUCAAAGGGGAGUCUUAAGCAGAACACCGUUCCCUCUGAAUCAUCUCUUUUGUUAAGGAUUAAAAAAAAAAAGCCACCCCCAAAAGGCACAACCCUCCCUGGGGAGCAGAGGUAACUGGGUUUGUGAGAAAAGAAGGGAAGUUGGCACCAAGUCAGAGGGUGGGGAGGGGAGGAGAGAGGAUGGCCAGCCCCUCCGCAGGUGUAUAAAAGGUGUCUGGACCGGGACAGAGCCAUCGUCCUUGGCCCAGGCCAAGCCCAGCUCCUGCCUGCACCUGCUCCAGCACCGCUCUCGCCUGCACCAUGAGCUGUCGCCUGCAGAGCUCCUCCACCAGCUACGGCGGUGGCUUCGGGAGUGGCUCCUGCCAGCUGGGAGGAGGCCGCAGCGUCUCUACUUGCUCUACCCGGUUUGUCUCCGGAGGCUCAGCCGGGGGCUACGGGAGCGGCGUGGGCUGCAGCUUUGGUGCUGGAGCUGGUAGUGGCUUUGGAGGUGGCUUCGGAGUUGGUCUUGGAGGUGGCUUUGGUGGAGGUUUUGGCGGUGGCUUUGGUGACUUUGGCGGUGCCGACGGCGGCCUCCUCUCCGGCAAUGAGAAGAUCACCAUGCAGAACCUCAACGACCGCCUGGCCUCCUACCUGGACAAGGUGCGCGCCCUGGAAGAGGCCAAUGCCGACCUGGAGGUGAAGAUCCGGGACUGGCACCUGAAGCAGAGCCCAGCGAGCCCGGAGCGCGACUACAGCCAAUACUACAAGACCAUUGAGGAGCUCCGGGACAAGAUCCUGGCCGCCACCAUCGACAACAACCGGGUCAUCCUGGAGAUUGACAACGCCAGGCUGGCUGCCGACGACUUCAGGCUCAAGUAUGAGAACGAGCUGGCCCUGCGCCAGAGUGUGGAGGCCGACAUCAACGGGCUGCGCAGGGUGCUGGACGAGCUGACCCUGACCAAGGCCGACCUGGAGAUGCAGAUCGAGAGCCUGACUGAAGAACUGGCCUACCUGAAGAAGAACCACGAGGAGGAGAUGAAGGAGUUCAGCAACCAGGUGGUGGGCCAGGUCAACGUGGAGAUGGACGCCACCCCGGGCAUCGACCUGACCCGCGUGCUGGCAGAGAUGAGGGCGCAGUACGAGGCCUUGGCAGAGAAGAACCGGCGGGACGCCGAGGAAUGGUUCAACAGCAAGAGUGCCGAGCUGAACAAGGAAGUGUCUUCCAGCACCGCCAUGAUCCAGACCAGCAAGACAGAAAUCACGGAGCUCAGGCGCACGCUCCAAGGCCUGGAGAUCGAGCUGCAGUCUCAGCUGAGCAUGAAAGCCGGGUUGGAGAGCACGGUGGCGGAGACGGAGUGCCGCUACGCCCUGCAGCUGCAGCAGAUCCAGGGGGUCAUCAGCAGCAUCGAGGCCCAGCUGAGCGAGCUGCGCAGUGAGAUGGAGUGCCAGAACCAGGAGUACAAGAUGCUGCUGGACAUCAAGACGCGGCUGGAGCAGGAGAUCGCCACCUACCGCAGCCUGCUCGAGGGCCAGGACGCCAAGAUGACUGGCUUCACCUCCACAGGAGGAAGCGGCGCCACCUCCGGCUCCGGUCGCCGCAUUUCAGACACCACCCGCCGCCCCUAGGCCUUCAGGCCGCCUGGCAUCCCCACCCCAUCUUCAGCAGCUGGAGGAGGAGUGAGCCGGCGGCUGCCUGCGGGACAGCCGGGGCCUGAAGGGUGGGAGACCCACUCCUGCCCGCCCCCGGAACCUGCUCCUGCCCCUGCCCCACCCCCCCCAGGCCGGGCCUCCUGUGCGUCUCUCCCCACUGGAUUCCUCUCCCCGUGACCCGGCCACUCUUUGAUUUCUCGACCUCUCCGCUAAAAAGAUAAUUCAAUAAAGUUUCCUGCUUGUUGGCAAAUGUA